AGCUGUGUCCCUGUUCAAAAUACAUUAAAUAAUUUAGUAGUUAGCAUGACCAUUAUAAUUUGGCUUUAUGUGACAGAGAUCAGCCAGAUAUGAAGGAAUGGAUUGACAUUAUUAAUCUAGUGGCUGCAACUUUCUCUUCACCUCCACUGGCAGCUCCUGUUGGCUCCAGCAAACGUUUUCAAAGACCAGUGCUUCCUUUUUCCAAGACCAGAUUGACACUAGUCAAACAGAUAGAACACCAUGAAAAGAAAGCAAAGGAAUCCCAAGAUGACUUGAUAGCUUGCUUACAAAGUGAACCAAGAAACGGUUCAUCAAGAGAUCUUCAGGAAUGGCAAGAAAAACGAGAUUUCUUUGAAUAUGAGUACAAACGUUACAUGACAUACGUGUCAUGCUUAAGAGGGUCAAAGCUUGAAAGCAAGAUGCGUGAAAAGUCCAAAACGGAGGCCAGAGGUUGUACCCAAGUGGUCUUGCCGAGUGAGUGGUCUUAUGGGGAGCAUACCAUUUGAUAUUGACGACUUGUCUAACAACUAACACUCUAUGUUGCCCUGUUGUUUUUGUCUGUCUGUCUGUUGGGUAAUUCAAUGUCAUGUAUUCAUGUAUUGUGCUAUGAUAGAUGUAUAUUUAUAUGAAUAGAAAUGAUAUUUGAUAUUCAUGAUUGUAACUGCGAUAACAACUAAAAUACUAAACUGAUUCCAUAAGCCUUUGUUUAAGCUUCUCAUUUUUGGGGGGUUUUUACAGAGUCCGAAAUCCAACAGAAUUUUGGCUUUGGAAUCCGGAAAACUUGGAAUCCAAAACGGAAUCAGAUAAAACAACAGAAAUCCGGAAUACAAAUUAGUAGGAUACUUUGCAUUCUUCUUUUAAUAUGGCGGAAACCAGAAUUCUURCAAAAUUCUKGCGGAAUCCAGGAACACUAAGAAUUCCAUGCCAUAGGGUAAAACAGAGAACUGAGACAGACUUAUGGAAUCAGUGUACUAAGAACGAUUUAGAAAAUUAUGCUAAUAGUAAAUUUAUGGAUUUUCUGUGCACUAAAAGUGUGCAGCAUUUUGCACUAUUUACAACUAGYUAAUCAUGCUAGUGAACGCACGUAAUCUGCUAAGUUCACAUAGAAAAUUGUUCUAACUAAAAUAAUAAUCAAACUAAGCAAAAUAAUGUUGAAUAUCAUGAUAAUUAAYGGUUGAUUUUUAAUGUUGAUAAAAUUGAUAAACGUAAGCAAAGUGAUUUAUUGGUAAAAUAAUUAAGAAUGAGCGACGGCAAUUUGGAGAAAGAAAAUGAAAAAAUGCAACUGCAACGAAACUAUGUUUUCCCUCAAAGGCAUGAAUUAACCUGCAAAAUAUAAUGCUUUUAGAGAAAUAAGAGCGUAUUAAAAGCAAAUGUGAAUAAUACUUAAUGAUAAUGAUUAUUAUUAUGUUGUUGAUAAUUGGAAGUA